AUGCAAGAAGGCCCAAAAGAGGUGUCUAGUGGAAGCAGACCAGCAUUUGCAGCCAUCCAUAAUGCCCACAUGUACGACUGCAAACCUAGACCCAUUCAAGGUCCCUCUCCUGAAGAAAGGGAAUGGUGCAAGCAUGCCCAUCAGCUCUCCAGCCCUGAGUUCCCAUCGUCUAUGCCUGCCGCAUGUGCUGAGACAAUGAACACAUCUGUGUGUGCAGUCACAGAUGGACACCCAGUACCCGCUCAGCCGAUAAGCACACCCCCCACUACCUACGCAGCUGCAGCAGCCCUGCCCCCUCCCCCCACAGCUAAAACAGGUCUUAAACUCCUUCUCAGCGUGGCUGCCCUUUCUAAGAACAGUACUUUGGACAUGCUUGAGAAGGGUGAAGCAUGUCUUCCCUGUCCUCCACAGAGCGUUGCACCUAGAGGAAUGCCUCAUCCCAUAUGGGGGAGUGUACCAGUUGGGGGUCUGAUGGUCAGGAAUAGCGGGGUUGUUAUGCAUGGAGCUGCUGCAAGGGGGGGGAGUAUCCAUAGGGGUGAAGGAGGCUUUGGUUGGCUCGAUGAGUGGCGCAUGGCUGUCCAGUGCAGCAGAGUCAAGGUCAUGGCGGAGGGGGUCCCAACGAUGGUUGUAGAGUCGACAGCAAGAGAUGUGAAGGUAUUGCGCGAGGAGUUGCAGAAGGCUGUAGCGAAAAAUAUUGAGCUUGAAGGAAGCUUGGCAGAGUUGAGGAUGGAAAUGGAGGAGAUGAAAGUCAGGAUGGAGGACAUACAUUCACAAUCGAAGGACACUAGAGAAGAGGGAGGGAACAAUGCACGUCAGCAGAAUAACAUGCUCUCAGGCCAUAACCUUGCAGAGAAUGUCCAAAAAGAUGGGGCGCGCUGGAAUUCUCAAGCAAAACAAGACAAAUUAGUAGCCUUGACCAUUGGCACGAUAGUAGACUCAAUCCAUGUCACCUUUUCAAGCUGGGUGAAGGCUUACAAGAAGUAUAAGAAGCCAAUGGUUGAUUGGACACUCAUGAGGCAGAAGCAGUGGAGAAACACACGAAAGAUGCAGCAUGCAAAAUUCCGCGUUGAUGUUCCUGAGGCUGCAGGUCCUGAGUGGGCAUUUCUGCAAGAGACAAUGUAUUAG